CAGUAAUGCUCCCAGCCUAGGGGAGGGGUGUUGGUGCAGGGCCUGGGGAAAGGCGUAGCCACGUGGUGAGGUAGCAGUGGGCUGUGCUGAUGCCUUGGGUCUGCUUUGCAUAGGGUAGUUGGACCCCAGGGUGAUACCCAGUGCCAAACCUGAAAUUACCUCACGGCUUGGCCUCUGGGUUGGUUUGUGGCCCACGGCAAGCACAUCAAAGGUGGCAUUCGGGUGACUUUGGCAGCUCAUCUUGUUUUCUUAAUCCAAGUCUCCAAGAAAGCUGAUCUAAAACAGGUGGGCGUCUCCUGAGAGGUGAAGAGGUCCAACAAGCAAGCCAAGAGGCUGCCGGUGGCCAUGGAAAAUCAGAGCCUGCUCAGUGGCAUCUCCAGUCUGGAAGAGGGAGCGGGCAUGGAGAUGUUUAGUCAGCAUGGGACGUUUGGCUCUGAAUGCUUCAAUGUAGGAAAUGAAGCAGUGAAUGCACCUCCCGAAGGUGGGUUUCACUCCGGGCAAGACACUCGCUUAUGCACUGUGGCUGUGGAGGAAACUUUGCUGGAUCACUUCAAGUAUCCUCUCAACAUUGAAAGUCAAAAUGCAGUUCUGGAAGUCAAAAUGGAGCCUGUCGGUGAGGAGGACCACGAUAAUGAAACCCUUGAAAAACAGCAGAUGCUACAGGAGUUAAAUUCUUCUGAAGAAGUCAAACAUUUAUAUCCACCUCAUCUGCAGUUGCAAUCAUACAACGUCCAUUUUCUGUCUUCCUUGGCUAUGCAACAUAAAAAUACAAAUAUCGUGUCGCUGAGCGCCUGCUCUCCAGAAGGAACAAUGAAUCAAAAUGUCAGAUUGAUACCAAUAUUCAGACCACUACUACAUGCUGGUGAGAAUAACUGUAUUUGUUGCGAUCAAUUUAAAGAAAUGCUCAAUAGUUCUGUACAGUCACAAGGCCUGCAAGGUUGCUUAGAUGAACCUUCCAAUGGACCUCAGACCUCAGAUGAGUUUGCUGAAUUAAGAGAGGCAGUAAUUAGUAUUACACCAAAUAACCAAGAAGAAGUAGCUUUACAGAUUUCAGAUGCAGGAGAAACCAGCUGCAAGUUACUUGCUUCAGAAAAUGUAAUGGAGGAACUUGGCUGUUUACAAAGAGAAGAUUCCAGCCCAGUGGUGGUCUGCCAAGUGAAAGGAAGUACUCAGAUACUUUGUAUAAACAGUUCUGGCACAAGGGACCUAAAAACAGUUCAUCUGGCUCCCCACUAUCAAGACCAACAUAAUUAUCUUCAGUCAGAUACAAGUAACCCUAUGAUGACUCUACUGGGACAGUUUUUGUCAGUUCCAGGCAAACUGGAUCUCAGUGAACAACAGCUUGAUAAUGGAUCCUUACCAACUGUGGCCAGUAGUGCCGAAUUUCAUCCAGAACCAGAUCUUCAGGGCUCAACAAAAGUUACUUUAAUUGGAUUGCCUCUUAGUUCCUGGGAUAUAAAGUCUAGAAAGCCAUGUAACUGUACCAAAUCUCAGUGUCUGAAAUUAUAUUGUGAUUGCUUUGCCAAUGGUGAUUUUUGCAGCAACUGCAACUGCAAUAAUUGUUACAACAAUCCACUUCAUGAAACUGAGCGAUUUAAAGCAAUUAAGGCCUGUCUUGAUAGGAACCCAGAAGCUUUCCUCCCAAAGAUUGGGAAAGGGAAAACAGGAGAUAUCAAGCCUCGUCAUAAUAAAGGAUGUAACUGCAAGCGCUCAGGGUGCCUUAAGAAUUAUUGUGAGUGUUUUGAGGCUAAAAUUAUGUGUUCCUCUAUUUGCAAAUGCAUUGGUUGCAAAAAUUAUGAAGAAAGCCCAGACAGAAAAACACUAAUGAACAUGCCAGACUACACUGAUAUUAGAAAUAAUGAAGAAGACAACUCUAUGUCAACAUCUGCAUUUGAAAUGUUAUCAGAAUCCAGGAAAGAUGGCCAGACUACUGCAUGUAUAUCCUGGGAUAUUAUUGAGGCAACAUGUGCCUGUCUCCUGGCACAAGCUGAAGAGGCAGAAAAAGAAGCUUAUUCAAUUUGUGUAGCUGAACAAACGAUCUUGGAAGAGUUUGGGAGAUGCUUAUCACAGAUUCUACAUUCAGAAUUUAAAUCCCAAGGAGUGAAAGUUGAGUAA